UCCUUGACUCUUGCUUUUGCUUUUCUAGGAGCGUGGAGGACUUCACGGAGACGCUGGCACUGCGGCAGGGGCUGUGGGAACCGGCUCAUGGCUCAGUGUGCUAGCGGCAUGGCCCGGGAGCUGGCCAACAAGCGGCUCCACUCGAGGAUGGAGGCCUCCUGCCUGGAGCUGGCCUUGGAGGGAGAGCGCUUGUGCAAAGUUGGGGACUUUAAGGGCGGAGCAGCUUUCUUUGAGGCUGCUGUUGAGCUGGGCACAGAAGACCUCAAGACCCUCAGUGCCAUCUACAGCCAGCUGGGAAAUGCCUAUUUCUAUCUAAAGGAGUAUGCCAAGGCGCUAGAGUACCACAGACACGACCUCACUCUUGCCAGAACCAUAGGUGACCGAAUAGGUGAGGGAAAAGCCAGUGGGAACCUGGGCAACACCCUGAAGGUCCUGGGUCGCUAUGAUGAAGCAGUGAUGUUCUGCCAGAGGCAUCUAGACAUCUCCCGGGAGCAGGGGGACAAGGUUGGAGAAGCGAGGGCGCUGUACAAUAUAGGCAAUGUGCUCCAUGCCAAGGGAAAACAGCAGGUGUGGGGCUGUACCCAGGACCCUGGAGACCUGUCCCCUGACGUGAGAGACACCCUACAGAGGGCCACCCAGUUUUACGAGAUGAACCUAUCUCUGGUCAAGGAACUGGGAGACAAGGCAGCCCAGGGACGAGCCUUUGGGAACCUGGGAAACACUCACUACCUGCUGGGGAAUUUUGUGGAGGCCAUCAAAUUCCACCGAGAGCGCCUCUCCAUCGCCAAGGAGUUUGGGGACAAAGCAGCAGAGCGUAGAGCCUACAGUAACCUAGGCAACGCUCUCAUUUUCCUCGGACAGUUCCACACUGCCACAGAGUAUUACAGGAAGACCCUGCAGUUAUCGCACCAGUUGAAGGACCAGGUGAUGGAAGCACAGGCAUGCUACAGCCUGGGAAACACUUACACCCUCCUGCAGGAAUAUGACCGGGCCAUCGACUACCACCUCAAACACCUGCUCAUAGCCCAGGAGCUUUCAGACAGGGUUGGGGAAGGCCGUGCUUGCUGGAGCCUGGGGAACGCUUAUGUGUCUCUGGGUAACCACCGACAGGCACUACACUACUCCCGCAAACACCUAGAGAUCUCCAGAGAGAUUGGGGACCGCAAUGGGGAGCUGACAGCUCGGAUGAAUGUGGAACAGCUGAUGGCAGCUCUGGGGAUGACUGAAGGAGACCUGUCAUCCUGUGGGUCUGAGUUUGAAGCGCAAGGGGCUAGACCAAAGUUCAACAAGAGAAGCAGCACGGGGAAUGUGGAUUUGUGGAAAUAUACUUCAGAAAAGAGUCCGUUUACAAGACCUCCGUAUACAUACCGGAAAGGAUCACAAGCAGAGAAUGUGGUAUCCUACAACCCACAGUCAUCUCAGAAGAUAGGCCGGGACCCCUCAGAUGAGGACUGCUUCUUUGACCUCCUCAGCAAGUUCCAGAGCAGCCGCAUGGAUGACCAGCGCUGCAACCUCAAUGAGCAGCAGAAGUGGGAGAAGAGACAGGCCGCCACGGCUCCCUUGUCCCAAGGUGGCGACAUGACGGAUCCCUGCUCCCUCAUCUCCUCGCCGCAGACUGAGGAAUUCUUCGACCUGAUUGCCAGCUCCCAGAGUCGGAGGCUGGACGACCAGAGGGCCAGUGUGGGAAACUUGCCUGGUCUGAGGAUAACACAAAACAACCUGGGCCACCUGCGUGGGGAAGCAGAUCCCCAGGAACCCAGUGAUGACUUCUUCAACAUGCUGAUCAAAUGCCAGUCUUCCAGGAUUGAUGAUCAGCGAUGUUCCCCACCUGAUCCUGGUCCCAGGGCUCCCACAGUUCCAGAUGAGGACUUCUUCAGCCUCAUUCAGAGGGUCCAGGCCAAACGCAUGGAUGAGCAGCGAGUCUUCCUUCCCUCAGAUGAGCAGGACGAGACCAACUCAGACCCAGCUACUCCACCCUCUGGGGACUCAAGUUAGAGCCCAGUGGAGCCAGAUCAAUCACUAAGCCUUGGAGACUCACCCCUCCUCUCAUGUACAGUUCAUGUUUUAAAAUAUUUAUGUGAAUGUCAGGAGAGAGACAAAUUCUAGUUCUGGAACAUUGUGAAAAAUAUUAGCUGAGAUAAAGUCAUCCUAAAAGGAUCAAGCAUUAGAUCCUUGGAAUUUGAGAUAUCAUCACACAGAAUGACUGGAACUGAAUACCUCUGGAUGUGGGAAAAGUGGAAGCCAGCUGUAAAAAGGACGUAAUGGGAACUUAAUAAAAACCAGAUUAAAGAAAACCCAAAUAUACUCGACAGCUUAAAAGUGCAAGAGAAAUCAGGCUUUUUCUUCCUCUUAGAUCCAACUUCAGAAGUUUCUUGGAACUAAUUUCCCAAAAUCAUGAUUAAUUAGUUUUGAAAUAGUUUGGGAUAACAGUAUUACAUAGUGGGGAGGACAAUGAUUAGUGUAAAUUAGUGUUAACUGUUUUAAUAGUAUUUUUAAAAGAUAUUUCCCUGCUAUGACACUGGCAAAUUAUCUCAGGGGAAUUUUCUUCUGUGAUCUUGCAUGAUGGAGGCUUAAAAGAACUGGAUUUCUCAGCAGUGGACAGUUGCUGACUUUUAAUCAUCUUAUUGAUUGUAAUGGAAAAGAGACAAUAGGUGUUUGUAUUUUUCACUCAGAAUAAUGCGUUUAAUCCUGUAUGGCCUAUUAAUGGGUUUUAUGGUGUUUUUGUUAAUGAGGUAUGAUUAAUA